CAUGAAAUAUCUCAUACUGGGGAAAAACCCUAUGCCUGUAAACAAUGUGGUAAUGCCUUCCUUCAAAGACAUAAAAUAACUCAUACUGCAGAAAAGCAUUAUGAAUGUAAACAAUGUGGUAAGUCUUUCAUUCAUCCUUCUAUACUUAAAAUGUAUGAAAGAACUCAUUCUGGGGAAAAACCUUAUGCUUGUAAACAAUGUGGUAAAGCCUUCAGAAGUCCCUAUUCCCUUCAAAAACAUAAAGUAAUAACUCACAAUGGGGAAAACCACUAUACCUGUGAACAAUGUGGUAAGUCUUUCAUUUAUCCCUCUUUACUUAAAAUGCAUGAAAGAUCUCAUACUGGGGGAAAGCCCUAUGCCUGUAAACAAUGUGGUGAGGCCUUCAGAAGUAGCCAUUCCCUUCACAGACAUAAAAUAAUGCAUAUUAGGGAAAAGCCUUAUGAAUGUAAAUAAUGUGGUAAGUCUUUCCUUUACCCAUAUGCUCUUAAAACUCAUGAAAGAUCUCAUACUGGGGGAAAACCCUAUAAAUGUGAACAGUGUGGGAAAGACUUCAGAAGUAGCAAUUCCCUUCAAAGACAUAAAGUAACUCAUACUAGGGAAAAAUCUUAUGAAUGUAAACAGUGUAGUAAGUCUUUCCUUUAUCCCUCUUUACUUAAAACACAUGAACAAUCUCAUAGUGGGGGAAACCCCUAUAAAUGUGAACAAUGUGGUAAAGUCUUUAGGCAUAGCAAUUCCAUUCCCAAACAUAAAAUGACUCAUAUUGGGGCUAAACCCUAA